AUGCUCGAGUGGAUCGCCGGCCCCCCCGUCCGCGUCGCCGUCAACAACUGGCUCGACAGGCGGCAUCCCGCGCCCCGCGCUGCUGUGUCUUCUGAAGCCACCCUCGGCGCCGUCCCGGAGGACGAGGACCAGCAGCAGGAAGCCGUCAAGUUGCAGACCGAAGACGGCCGCCCGAGCGCCGAGCCCGAGAGGAGGCUACGCGAGGACCUAGACCUCAAGGCUCCUCAUGCGCAAGGCGUGGACUGUGCGUUGCAGGGCGACGUUGUUCUCAUCGACUUUGGUCUCGCCUAUCAAAAUUCCAUGGACGAGGACCGUGCCGUCGACCUGUACGUCUUGGAGCGGGCUUACGGCAGCACCCACCCCCGCGCUGAAUCUCUCUUCCCCGAGUUGCUGGAGGGCUACAAGGAGGCUUUGCCUGCGAAGCAGUCGACCUUGGUUCUGCGCAAGCUGGAAGACGUCCGCAUGAGGGGCCGCAAGAGGAGCAUGGUCGGCUGA